GACCGGGCGGCGCCGAGUCUUGCACGCUCAGCUCUUGCGUCAGACCCGACGGUCACCAGCUCGCUUCUUGGUACCUGCUCCGCCUGGCACUGAGGGGAGUGCGGGCCGGGGCGGCCCCCAAGAGUGGCAGGCGCGAGGGGAGCAGGUCUGCGAGUCGAAGUGUUGCAGCGGCGCACUUGCAGCAAGAAUCGGGAGGAGCAGGAGACAGCAAGGAUAGGCCCAGGAGCAAUGGCGUCCAAAGAGGAACAAGCAGUAAAAAAUCACAGCAUGGAAGUUGCCAACCAGGAGAAUGAAAAAAAAGAUGGGAAGGAUCAAGAUGCUAAUAAAAGAGAACCUAUGGCCCUCCUUUCGGGUGCUAGUGAAUAUUAUGUACCUAGAGGAAAUCGUAGGCGGUUCCGUGUUAGGCAGCCCAUCCUGCAUUAUAGAUGGGACGUGACUCAGAGGCUUGGCGAGCCACAGGCAAGGAUGAGAGAAGAGAAUAUGGAAAGGAUUGGGGAGGAGGUGAGGCAGCUGAUGGAAAAGCUGAGGGAAAAGCAGUUGAGUCAUAGUCUUCGGGCAGUUAGCACUGACCCCCCUUACCAUGAGCAUCAUGAUGAGUUUUGCCUUAUGCCUUGAAUCCUGAUGUUUUCCCUGAAGUUAAGAGACACUUACUUCCUCAACUUAGAUGUUCUUGAGUUUCCUUUGUUGUAAACGUUUUGGUGUUAAACUUGUUUCUUGCGCGUUUCCUAUUACCAGAUUCUAAUUAAAUGUUGUGUUUUUGACCCAAUCUGUAAUUUUCUGUCAGCAGGAAGGUUUUAACUGUUGCAUGGAGAAAUGUUCAUUAUAUAUUGUGAAGUUAAUAAAGCAGUUUAAAAAAGCA